CACUGUUCCACUGUUCCACCAGCCCUGUUUCACUGUUCCACCAACACUGUUCCACUGUUCCACCACACUGUUCCACCAUCACUGUUCCACUGUUCCACCACACUGUUCCACUGUUCGACCAACACCAUUCCACUGUUCCACCAUCACUGUUCUACUGUUCCACCACACUGUUCAACUAUCACUGUUCUACUGUUCCACUGUUCCACCACACUGUUCCACCAACAACACUGUUCCACUGUUCCACCUCACUGUUCCACAACACUCUUCAACCACACUGAUCCACUAAUACCAUUCCACCACCACUGUUCCACUGUUUUACCACGGAGAUCCACCAUUACUGUUCCAUUGUUCCACCAACACUGUUCCACCUCACUGUUCCACCACACUGUUCCACCAACACUGUUCCACUGUUCCACCUCACUGUUCCACAACACUGUUCAACCAACACUGUUCUUCUCUUCGACCACAUUGUUCCUCGAUCGCUGUUCCACCAACACUGUUCCACCACACUGUUCCACCUCCACUAUUCCACUAUCACUGUUCCACUGUUCAACCAACACUUUCCCACUGUUCCAACACACUGUUCCACCAUCACUGUGCCACUAUUGCUGUUCCACCAACACUGUUCCACCUCAGUGUUCCACCACACUGUUCUACUAACACCGUUCCACCAUUACUGUUCCAUUGUUCCACCACACUGUUCCACCUACACUGUUCCACUAUCACUGUUCCACUGUUCAACCAACACUGUUCCACUGUUCCACUGUUCCACCCCACUGUUCCACUAUCAGUCUUCCACUGUUCCUCUGAAGCACCAACACUGUUCCACAGUUCCACAACACUGUUCAACCAACACUGUUCUUCUUAUCCGCAACAUUAUCCCACCAUCACUUUUGCACCAUCGCUGUUCCACCAACACUGUUCCACUGUUCCACCUCACUGUUCCACCACACCGUUCCACCAACACUGUUCCACUGUUUUACCCCGGUGUUUCACCAUUACUUUUCCACUGUUCCACCAACACUGCUCCACCUCACUGUUCCACCACACUGUUCCACCAACACUCUUCCACCAUCACUGUUCCACUUUUUCACCAGCACUGUUUCACUGUACCACAACACUGUUCCACCAUCACUGUUCCACUGUUUCACCACACUGUUUCACUGUUGCGCCACACUGUUUCACCAACACUGUUCCCCUGUUCCACCACACUUUUUUACCAACACUGUUUCACUGUUCCACCAUACUGUUCCACCAUCACUGUUCCAUUGUUCCACCCCCACUGUUCCACUAUCACUGUUCCACUGUUCUACUUUUACACCAACACUGUUCCACGGUUCCACAACACUGUUCCACCAUCACUUUCCCACUGUUUCAGCAACACAACAACAACAACAACAUAAGCUUUAUUUGCAUGACUAUAGUUAUGUAGUUACAGUAUUGCAAAAGCUUUAACAUAAAGUUACAAUUUAUAACAAUGAUAAUGCAAUGCAGUGAUUACCACAGUUAAUCAAGUGUUAUCAGCAUGAUUUGAUAACAAGUUAGUACGUAAAUCAUUACAUAAUGAGACAAAUUUCAACAAAUGUGAAUUUACGGAAAAAUUCUGUGAAUUCAUCAAUUUAAUUAUUAAUUCUGUGUAAGAUAGCUGAUUAAAGUCGACAAAAUUUUGUUGGAUUUGAUUGUAGAAUUUCUCCCUUGGGGUUGAAUAUUUUGGACAAUGGAAGAGAAAAUUAAAUUCGUCUUCAAUUAUACCAGAGUUACAAAAUAUACCAGAGUUACAAAUAGGGCAGAGUCUAUCGUUGUUUGAUUAUAUCUUCCAGUUUCAAUCAUGAGUUUGUGGUUACUUAUACGAAUUUUCACUAAGUCUUUCCUAUUGGCUGAAUUUCUAAUUAAGUCUAGAUAACUUGAAAUUUUAUAAUCAUGUUUAAAUAAACUGUAAAUUGCAGGUUCUUAGAAUGAUGGAUUGUAUGUUGCCAAUAUGUAAUACAUUUUUGUUUUAUUAUAUCUAUAUAGUGUUUGAUAUUAGCUUCAAUUAAAUUAUUAGGAUCAAAAUCGAGCAGGUCAUAAUAUUCAGAUAUUUUCAUAAGAUUAUGGUAAAAGCUAUUUUUACCAUUACAGUCAAGUUCUAGCGAGGUACGAAAGGCUUAUUUAACAAUAGCAUCCUCGUUUUUACGCAGAAGAUACAAUAUAUAAUAAAGGAUGUUUUUGUAAAUAUUAAUAAUUAAUGCGAAUCGUCCUAAUUCACUUCUACUUGCAACAUUUGAAUCUUUAUUGCUUAUUUCUAGGUAACGCUUGCAAAAUUUCAAGUGGGUUUAUUCAAUUGGGGUAUUGUCCCAAGCUUUAAAAUCAUGUUUUACAUAUACACCCCAAAUUUCGCUAUUAUAUGAUAACCAGAUUGGGGAAAUCAUCGCUUCGAAUAUUUUGCAAGCAAGAGAAGGUUUUAAUUUGCUAAAGUUUGUGUGUUUUCUUAAACUAAAAAGAGUAUGAAGAGCCUUCUCUUUCAAGUGUUCGAGUGAGAUAUUAAAAUUACCGGUUAAGGAGAUACGGGUUCCUAAAUAUGUACAUUCAUGGACAAUAUCAAUGGUUUCUUUACCUAUAUGGAAUUCUAGAUUGGAGUUUUUCUUCGCUCGUUUUUGAAAGAUCAUAACUUUGGUCUUUUUAGAAUUUAUAUCUAACAUCCAAGAGUUGUAAAAAGAGGAUAGUGUGUUGAGACAGUUCUGUAAUCCUAUUUUAGAUCGUUAUAUAAUAAUUAAAUCAUCAGCAUAUAAAAGCGAAUUUAAUUUGGUACCAUUUGGAAGGAUGAUAGGGUCCGAUAAAGUAUUUUGAAAUGCGGACGGUAAGUCAUUAACGUAUAAAUUGUUCCACUGUUCCACCACCACUCUUCCACGAACACCGUUCCACUGUUCCACUGUUAAACCAUUACCACACCACACUGUUCCACCAACACUUUUCCACUGUUCCACCAUCACUGUUCCACCGACACUGUUCCACUGUUCCACCACACUGUUCCACUAUCACCUUGCCACUGUUCCACCCACACUGUUUCACCAACACUUUCCCACUGUUCCACUAUCAGUGUUCCACCAUCACUAUACCACUGUUCCACCACACUGUUCCACCAUCGCUGUUUCACUGUUCCACUAUCAGUGUUCCACCAACAAUGUUGCACUGUUGCACUGUUCCACCACAUUGUUCCACCAUCACUGUUUCACCAGACUGUUCCACUGUUCCACCAAUACUGUUCCACUGUUCCACCACGCUGUUCCACCAUCGCAGUUCCACCAACACUGUUCCACCUCACUGUUCCACCACGCUGUUUCACCAACACUGUUCCACCAUCACUGUUCCACUGUUCCAGCAAUACUGUUCCACCACCAUAUUUCCACUUUUCCACCAUCACUUUUCCAUUGUUCCACC